AUGGCCGAACCAAUCAUCACUUUCGAUGAGCCCGACAAAAAGUUUCUGCCAGGAGACAAAGUGACCGGUAAGGUCACUCUGGAGCUCGCCAAACCAAUGAAAGCUCGAUCGGUGCAAAUCUAUUGGAUGGGAUUUUCUCGUACAUGGGGAGUCAAAUUCAUCUCUUAUCCGAACUCCAAGACUAUUUUCUAUGGAACCGAGAUGGUUUGGGUGGCAAAGGAUGGAAAGAACGAGCUACCUGCUGGAAAGCACGAGUACCCAUUCUCGUUCAUUCUUCCCGCGGAUUCCCCACCAACCUUCGUGGGACUCAAUGGAAGAAAUGAGUACACCGUUGAAGUUGUCAUUGACAGACCAUGGAGACUCAAGAAAAUCGUUGAUAAGGAAUUCUGCGUCACCAAAGACAUGAAACAUGAGUUUGACAUCUGGGAAACUGGAUAUGAUUGGGAGUUUACCAGAAAGAUUGAUUCUGGACUCAUUUUUUCAUCGGGACCGAUUACACUUGAUGUAGCCAUUCCCAAAUUAGCGUUCGAGCCUGGAGAGAAAGUCAAUAUCGAAUUCAAAAUCACCAACCACAGUGGUUCGGCUGUCCGACAAAUCUUCGCCGAAUUCAACGAGCAUGGUCACUAUCAUCAUCGUUGUCAACUAACUCCAUGUAAAGAUAGGUUCUCUUGCCCAUUGAGUAUCGAAGAGUUCAAAAAUGCCAGAAAAGAAAUGGCUAGCGAAAAGCGAAAGGUCUACGUCGCACCACACUCGGAAGGCACUUUCGUCAUGCCGUUCGUGAUUCCACCAGAGGCGAAGACACCAAAUUUUAAGACAGGUCUCAUGUCUAUGGAUUACUUCUUCUACGUUGGAGUUCGUGUGGAGAAUAAGAUUUUAGUGGAUGGGCUGGUACUCGGAGCUUUCAUCGGGGAUCGUGUUGCGAAGAAGGAAGAAACCAGUGAGGUUGUUUGUGAGGAGAAGUCCAAGGAGCAAGAGGUUUCGGAGACCUCCGCGCCACCAGCCUACACUCCAUAA